AAGCCAAGAAAGCAGAACAGAGUAGGGAUAUAAAGAACAAAAGCCCUAGUCGAGUCUGUCGGCGGCAAGGAGGGAGCAUGGGGUGUUUUGAAUAAUUAUUAAAAUUAGCAUGUGUCUGCGCCAUCCUGUGGGUGUGGUGCAGAGCGGAGUGUAAACUCUAGCAGGGCUGGAGCAAACAUUGGAUUAUAGGCAGCGAGCCUGCCAGGCAGAGGAGUAAAGGAGACAGGAGCGGGAGGCACACCGGGAGCAGGAUGGCUUCGUCUCAAGGGAAGAACGAGCUAAAAUUCGCCGACUGGAUGGCAACUUUGCCAGAAAGCAUCCACAGCAUCCCUCUCACCAAUUUAGCGAUCCCAGGAUCUCAUGAUUCCUUCAGUUUCUACAUUGAUGAAGCCUCUCCAGUGGGACCUGAGCAACCAGAAACUGUCCAGAAUUUUGUCUCUGUAUUUGGCACCGUGGCUAAAAAGCUCAUGAGGAAGUGGCUAGCAACGCAGACGAUGAAUUUUACUGGUCAGCUGGGGGCCGGAAUCCGGUACUUUGACCUCCGCAUUUCUACCAAGCCCAGGGACCCUGACAAUGAGCUGUACUUUGCUCAUGGUCUGUUCAGUGCCAAAGUGAACGAAGGCCUAGAAGAGAUUAAUGCUUACCUCACAGAUCACCACAGGGAGGUGGUCUUCUUGGACUUCAACCACUUCUACGGGAUGCAGAAAUACCAUCACGAAAAACUCGUCCAGAUGCUGAAAGACAUCUUUGGGAACAAAAUGUGCCCAGCGAUUUUUGCCCAUGAAGUGAGUCUGAAAUACCUGUGGGAGAAAGAUUACCAAGUGCUGGUCUUUUAUCACAGCCCAGUGGCUCUGGAGGUCCCCUUUCUCUGGCCUGGCCAGAUGAUGCCGGCUCCCUGGGCCAACACAACAGACCCUGAAAAACUGAUCCAGUUCCUCCAGGCAUCCAUUACUGAGAGAAGGAAGAAGGGCUCUUUUUUUAUAUCUCAGGUGGUGCUGACCCCCAAAGCUAGUACUGUGGUCAAAGGGGUGGCCAGUGGUCUCAGAGAAACAAUCACAGAAAGAGCUCUUCCAGCCAUGAUGCAGUGGGUCCGAACUCAGAAACCUGGAGAGAGCGGCAUCAACAUUGUCACUGCUGAUUUUGUAGAACUUGGGGAUUUUAUCAGCACCGUCAUCAAACUCAACUAUGCCCUUGAGGAAGGAGAAGCAGAUACCACUUGAUAGUACUGUCUGAAAUGGCCAUGCAUAAAAUAGAGAAGACCAAUUGUAUUAGGCAUAUUAUCUUAGAACAUAAUGAUCUUCUUAUGCCACUGAAUCUUGGAAGUGUUUAGGGCUUAGGGUGGGUGGGAAAAGAGGGGAAACAUUUUUUUUUCAGUGAUUCUCAUCUUGAUCUGCAUCUCUAUAAAUAUUUCAUGUUCCCAUUUGAAAAAAACAAGUCUAUUCUUGUAUCUAGUGUUAGGGAUAGAAAAGACCAGUUCAAUGUUUAUCACAAUUAAUCAAUCGCUGUGGCUUAUAUUUAUGAGUGUCUGUUUAAUUGCAUUUUCUACUUUCAAGAUUAAGAUUCAUGCUCCACCCACCAUGCCCACCUAUCUAUCAAGGACAGCUUAGGGCAUGCAACAAUUAUAGACCUGAUGUUAGAUUGAUUCAGGUAGAUGUAACUUAUUGGCUUUUGGAGACUUAAUAAAAUGUGAACGACCUGCCCAAUUUUGUAGUCAGUUGGCUGGUCAGUCACAGUCCCUAAGUUUUGACCCAAUAGCAAAUAUGCAUUGAAAAUAUUUCCAGCAACAGUAAACCCAAACACUACAAUCGUGUGUGUGUGUGUGUGUGUGUGUGUGUGUGUGUGUGAGAAAGGGAACAGGAUAUGCAGUAUUUCUAUUUAAGGCAGCUAUAAAUAAAGAGUCAGUACUUCUUCUGACAAAAACCUGAGUGCCAAUUCCACAGCAAAACAAAUAGUAAUAAAGAGAGAGGGAGAUGUAUAGAAUACCUUUAAAACAAUGAUGCCUGUCUUGCCAUUGCCUGGAAAUAAGUCACCCCAAGUGACUAGAAAUCUGAACACUUUUCCUUCCUAUAGUUCACCUUCAAGAUAUUUCUCUGCUAAGUUAAUGUAUAUCUGAUAAAAACAAAAAUGUGCCAGUGAAAUAAAAACCCAAGUUAGCUGAUUAAUUUCAACAACUGCAAUGGAACAUAUGUGAAAGAAGAUAAAUUUUCCUAUUGUCCAUAGACUUUCCCCCAAAAGACAGGUCCCAAAUUUCAAAAAUAAAUUAAGAAGUAAUCAUUCCUAAGCAAAUCUGUAUUUCCUGAAGGACACUUGCAGGACAUAUUUCCUGGGAUCCAUAAAUUGAGUCUUAGUCUUUCAAAUUAAAGGUCUCAUAUAGAUAGAGUGAUGGCCUAUAGUUUAGAACAGUGAUUCCCAAACUGAGUUCACUGGCACAUAUGAAGCAGAUCCCAUAAAUUACUGCUGAGGUUCACUGAAAGUGAUGUUUUGGCGAUACUAUUUAAUUGGAAUCUAAUCCAUUACUCUUUCCCUGCCUUUUACCAAAAGAACUCAGAACGUUUCCACAGUCUUAAAAAGGGAAAGCCUCUGGUCUAGAGAGUGCAGUACCAACCAAUGAUGGUCCAGCAUUGCCUGCACCAGCAGCUUUUAAAGUAUGAUCAAAUGAUCAAAAAAAUCAUAUGAUAUUUUAGAAUGUUUUUUUUCCCAAAU